CACUAAAGGUACCUCCACUCCAUCCCAUCGCCAACAUUAAUCGCCCCACUGCAUAUCUCGAUUGCAAAGUUAAAAAUUCUUCAAGCAUGGCAAUGUGCAAGAGGACCUCGCUCCUCCUUCUCUUCACCAUUCUCCUAUUCCUAACCCUUGCAUCUCCGGCCGCCGCAUUCGGUGCAGGAAACAUCGCGAGUAUCGCCAAAAUUGAGGGGAGAAACUGGCGACACGGAGACGUUGAAGACACGUUAAAGACACUGCUGGCGCUUAGGGGUGGGAAAUGGACCGCUAUGAAUGUCCGACGUGUGUACUUUGGGAAUUGGUUGAGGGAUUAUUCACAGGCUCUGGAUGUUGGCACUCUCAAGAGCGUUAAUAAGGACACUAUUCGUAUUCUCGUUUGGGUGUUGAGCUUUUUGAGCUUCGGCUAUGCUACGGGGGAGUUUGAGGUUACGGAGGAGAGGUUAGGAGUCUACCGGCCUGAGGAGCAUAUCGAUAACCCAAAAGACUAUGCAGACAACAUGGACGCACGUCAUUAUGACCCCCGCCUUCGUCCUCCGGUCCACCCGGCAGAACUUGCCAUAGACCCCCUAACCGGAAUGAAAAAUUAUAUCGCCAACGAAACUGGAGGAUGGGCAACUUCCACUGGAUACGUUAAGCACUCUCUUACCAGAUCCAUCCACUUUGGCCGCCUCUACACCUCGGGCGGCACCGGAAUCGCCGGUCGUGAAGGUGACCUUUGUGAGGCUCUACGCUGCCUCGGGCAAGCAUUGCACUGUUUGGAGGACUUCUCCGCACACUCCAAUUACGUAGAGCUAGUCCUUCGCGAACUUGGCUUUCACAGCGUCUUCACGCACACUGGUCGCGUAUUCCCACUCGUGACGGGUACUUUUGGAGCAGUAGACUUCUUGCACUCUGUCCUCGGUGAAGCCCAAGAUAAGUUCUCUCAGACAGAAGUAGAUGAACUGGACAACGUCCUUGGGGAAGCCCACGAACAGCAAAAAAAGUCGGAACGCAGCGGGCAAAAGAGUGUUCUGCAGGGCCUCCUGCAGCAGAUUCCCAAUCUUGGUGGUCUCUCUGGCGAUGCAGAUAGACUGGAGGCGCAGAGCAAUGCUAAAGAAAUGGAGAACAUGCACAUAUCCCCACAACAAUCCCGUGGGCCGGCAGGCGCUGGCGCUGUUCCACUAUCUGGCGGCUUCGACCCUGCAAAGACCGCGCGCGACAUAUACCCAAUCCUUGAGUUCAGAGAUAAAGUCAUGCGCUGUAUUGAAGAGACUAUAGAACAAAUCCCUGGUCUCUCCGCGCUCGUUGAGAAGAUCUCCGAAACUCUUUCGUUAUUCAUACUCUCCCUCUUAGCACCCUUCGUCCGCCCCAUAAUAGCCCAGGCCUCCCUAGAACUAAAAAUGGGUUCUAGUGCCGUCGUCGACUCCUCAGCUGCCCACCAGUACGAACCAUGGACCGUACCGACAUGCACUGACCCGACCCACUCCCUCCUAUCCAAGGACCACUUCUCCAAUAAACUUAAUACUCCCGCCGGAGAGUCUACGCCUGGGAGAACCCCACCACCCCGAUAG